AUGAAUACCAUAAAGAAGAAUGACGAAGAAAACCCAGAUGCUCAUCAAAAAGGGUGGCUGAAUCUAAGCCUAGCACCAUAUGUAGGAGAAUCUUGUUCAAACUCAAGACGCACAACCUCGGUGAAGGUAUAUACAUGCAGCUUUUGCAAGAGAAAGUUCUACAGCUCACAAGCAUUAGGAGGUCAUCAAAAUGCGCACAGAAGAGAGAGAGAUGCAGCUAAAAGAGACCAUUCCCCAAAGACGGUGAAUGCGUUUGAUCAGUCACUCAAGGUGCAUUCCUUUGGUCAAAAACUAGCAGCAGAUGGAGAAACAACUUUCGCAUGGUUUUCUGACAAUGGAGCUCGAUAUGGAGUUGCUUGGGAACCCCCGUAUGCUGGGGAGGAAGAAGGAAACAUGACGUGGCCUGGAAGUUUUUAUUUGAUUAAUCCACAACUAGCUUCUCGGGAAUCUGAUCUAUAUAGGCUUGACUUGGAUCUCAAGCUGUAA